CCCGGCGAGCCCCGCGGGCGCUUCUCCUGCCCGCGGGCGCUGAAGGUGCCCUCCUAUCUGAACUACCGGUUCCUGGGGGAGAAGGACUGCGGGGCGCCCUGCGAGCCCGGCCGCCUCUACGGGCUCAUGUACUUCGGGCCCGAGGAGCUGCGCUUCUCCCGCACCUGGAUCGGCAUCUGGUCCGUGCUAUGCUGUGCCUCCACCCUCUUCACCGUCCUCACCUACCUGGUGGACAUGAUCAUCAUCUUCCUCUCGGGCUGCUACACGGCGGUGGCCGUGGCCUACAUCGCCGGCUUCCUCCUGGAAGAGAGGGUGGUCUGCAACGAGCGCUUCACGGAGGACGGCUCCCGCACCGUGGCGCAGGGCACGAAGCGGGAAGGCUGCACCAUCCUCUUCAUGAUGCUCUACUUCUUCGGCAUGGCCAGCUCCAUCUGGUGGGUCAUCCUCUCCCUCACUUGGUUCCUGGCCGCCGGCAUGAAGUGGGGCCACGAGGCCAUUGAGGCCAACUCCCAGUAUUUCCACCUGGCUGCCUGGGCCGUGCCGGCCAUCAAGACCAUCACCAUCCUGGCCCUGGGGCAGGUAGACGGGGACGUCCUCAGCGGCGUCUGCUUUGUGGGCAUCAACAACGUGGAUGCCCUGCGGGGUUUCGUGCUGGCCCCCUUGUUCGUCUACCUGUUCAUCGGCACCUCCUUCCUGCUGGCCGGCUUUGUGUCCCUCUUCAGGAUCCGGACCAUCAUGAAGCAUGACGGCACCAAGACGGAAAAGCUGGAGAAGCUCAUGGUGAGGAUAGGCAUCUUCAGUGUCCUGUACACAGUGCCGGCCACCAUCGUCAUUGCCUGCUAUUUUUACGAGCAAGCGUUUAGGGAACAGUGGGAGAGGAGUUGGGUCACGCAGAGCUGUAAGAGCUAUGCCAUCCCCUGUCCCAACAACCAUAGCCACCACCCGCCCAUGAGCCCCGACUUCACCGUCUUCAUGAUUAAGUAUCUCAUGACCUUAAUUGUGGGCAUCACCUCGGGCUUCUGGAUCUGGUCUGGGAAAACCCUGAACUCCUGGAGGAAGUUUUACACCAGGCUCACCAACAGCAAACAGGGCGAGACCACGGUCUGAGACCCCUGCCAGCCGGGCUUUUUGGCGGAGGACGGGGCCUCUGCUUGGAAAACGGCUCUUUAUCCAGCCUGGGCAAACUCUGGGGACGGCGGGUGGCUUCCGCAGACG